GUGGGUCCAGCCGAAAGAUAAGCCCCCUCUGCCAGUGGCCACAUUCAGAUUCCUUCGAUUCCUGCGGACAUUGAAACAGAGAGCAAGCAGUCCGGGAAAACAAAAAACACAGAGCUGGGAAACAGAUUGCGUCGCUGCAGCAGGGAAGAAGAAGAGUAGGAAGAAAUGGCCGCGAUACCAGCAGCGAUCUCCUCCGGCUGCUGCUCUUCGUCUCGGCUCUCCCAGCCUGCUGGCCUCCCGCCCUCCUCCACGAGCCGACGGCGCUUCAAGGUCACGGCCAUGGCGCCCAAGAAGAAGGUGAACCGGUACGACGAGAACUGGUCGAAGCAGUGGUUCGGCGCGGGCAUCUUCGCGGAGGGCAGCGAGGAGGUGUCCGUGGACGUGUUCCGGAAGCUGGAGCGGCGCAAGGUGCUGAGCACGGUGGAGAAGGCCGGGCUGCUGUCCAGGGCCGAGGAGCUCGGCGUCACGCUCUCCUCGCUGGAGCGGCUGGGCCUGCUGUCCAAGGCCGAGGACCUGGGCCUGCUCAGCCUCGUGGAGGCCGCCGCGGGGGCGUCCCCCUCCGCGCUGGCGUCCGUCUCGCUGCCGCUCCUCGUGGCCGCCGUCGCCGCGGUGGUCGUCGUGCCCGAUGACUCCGCCGCGCUCGUCGCCGCGCAGGCCGUCGUGGCCACGGUGCUCACGGCCGGGGCCGCCGGGCUGUUCGUGGGCUCCGUCGUGCUCGCCGGCCUGCAGGAGUCGGAUUGAGCGGCGGCACGGCAGGUGCUGCUGCUGGCCAAGAGCUCCGUCGCCAAGCUGACGUCGCCGAUCAAAUGUUAUGUGGUAAUUGCAUGGGGAAAAAACGAAAUCCUGCUAAUGCGUGGGAGCUUUGCAUUGUAUCAUAACUAGAACUAGGUAACCACGAACAGAAAGUGUUAGCUGUUCUUGUUCGUGCACAAGCAGAGUGCAAGCGCCAUGCCGGAUGCUGGACGGGCACACGCUCAAUAGCCCACUUUAUUAGCACAGUGACUCCGUUUGUAAGCUUUGUUUAAUCUGGUGCAGUUUGUACCUGUAUGCUGUAUCAUGUAGAUUAUUAGAGCGAUGAUGCGGAAAGGCGCUGCAUAAAUCCUCUGUAUUCGUCACCAUUUACGCGCACCCUUCUGCGUAA